AUGACUCCUGCUGCCCUCCACUCUGCAGCUCCUGAUGCCCUCCACUCUGCAGCUCCUGCUGCCCUCCACUCUGCAGCUCCUGCUGCCCUCCCCUCUGCAACUCCUGCUGUGCCCUGCUCUGCAGCUGCUGCUGCCCUCCGCUCUGCAGCUGCUGCUGCCUUCCGCAUCGCGACUGCCGCUGUCCUCCGCUCUGAUUGGGCUGCUGCCCUCCGCUCUGCAGCUGCUGCUGCCCUCCGCUCUGCAGCUCCUGCUGCCCUCCGCUCUGCAGUUGCUGCUGCCCUCCGCUCUGCAGCUGCUGCUGCCCUCCGCUCUGCAGCUGCUGCUGCCCUCCGCUCUGCAGUUGCUGCUGCCCUCCGCUCUGCAGCUGCUGCUGCCCUCCGCUCUGCAGCAGCUGCUGCCGCCCUACGUUCUGCAGCUGCUGCUGCCCUCCACUCUGCAGCUGCUGCUGCCCUCCGCUCUGCAGCUGCUGCUGCCCUCCGCUCUGAUUGGGCUGCUGCCCUCCGCUCUGCAGCUGCUGCUGCCCUCCGCUCUGCAGCUGCUGCUGCCUUCCGCAUCGCGACUGCUGCUGCCCUCCGCUCUGAUUGGGCUGCUGCCCUCCGCUCUGCAGCUCCUGCUGCCCUCCGCUCUGCAGCUCCUGCUGCCCUCCGCUCUGCAGUUGCUGCUGCCCUCCGCUCUGCAGCUGCUGCUGCCCUCCGCUCUGCAGCUGCUGCUGCCCUCCGCUCUGCAGUUGCUGCUGCCCUCCGCUCUGCAGCUGCUGCUGCCCUCCGCUCUGCAGCAGUUGCUGCUGCCCUACGUUCUGCAGCUGCUGCUGCCCUCCGCUCUGCAGCUGCUGCUGCCUUCCGCAUCGCGACUGCCGCUGUCCUCCGCUCUGAUUGGGCUGCUGCCCUCCGCUCUGCAGCUGCUGCUGCCCUCCGCUCUGCAGCUCCUGCUGCCCUCCGCUCUGCAGUUGCUGCUGCCCUCCGCUCUGCAGCUGCUGCUGCCCUCCGCUCUGCAGCUGCUGCUGCCCUCCGCUCUGCAGUUGCUGCUGCCCUCCGCUCUGCAGCUGCUGCUGCCCUCCGCUCUGCAGCAGUUGCUGCCGCCCUACGUUCUGCAGCUGCUGCUGCCCUCCACUCUGCAGCUGCUGCUGCCCUCCGCUCUGCAGUUGCUGCUGCCCUCCGCUCUGCAGCUGCUGCUGCCCUCCGCUCUGCAGCCGCUGCUGCCUCGUCCCCUCCGGCGGCUGUUGGCCUCUUUCCCGGCGCCCCUCCUGUCCGCCCGCCUGCAGGUCCCACCGGCCCCCCACCGGCGGCUCCCUCUGCCUGUCUCUUCCUGCCACCCUCCGACGCCUCCGUUCCUGCCGCCGUGCGAGACGUGGCACGACUAGGGGAGAGUCGACGUCGGUCGAGCACGCACUGUGCCGCGUUAUUCUCUCAGGUAGGCCACUCCUGCGAGUGUUGUGCUGUUGUUGCAAGCGCCUACGAUGCUCUUCCCAAGCUGCCCUCUGAUGCCACUUCGGCGGCCAGACUCCUGUCGCCUACUGCUUCUCCCCCCUCUUCGUUGACGGCCGAAGGCUCUGAGACGCCGCUCUGGCCAGCCCGGUUGCUGGGGGGGUUCUUGGGGGAUUGUCCACCUGUAAUUGCUGAAAUCGGGCGGUUCGCUUCAAAACACCGCCUCUUGGGUGGUUUGCCGAAGAGGCACAGAAUGUCUUCGUGGCGGAGGCGACAGAUGCGUGGGCUCUGGAGCGCACCCUCAGGCCCCCCCCGUCUUUUGUGGCCAGCCUCUAGGCGGAGCGACCCCCUGACUGCUGCCGUGCUUGUCCCCCCUUUGCCCCCGAUGGCUUCCGUCAUGCCAUUGUCUACGCUGUCUCUCGCCCAGACCCCGGGGUCCCCGGGGCCUGGGUCGUCUUCCAUGGUGGCGUUUCAGGUGGUACCUGGUGGUUCCUGCGGCGAUUCCGCCCUGCUGAGGCGAGAUCGCGCUGCCUGGUGGCGUCGAGGCGCUGCUAAGGGGCGAUUUCGCGCUGCCUAA